UUAGUUUCGGCUAUAUAAACUCGUAGUUACUCCAUUCUCAAAUACACCCAAAAAAAAAAAAAAAAUCAAUCCAGUCGGCCUUAGAAUCCAAUUAUUCUCAAUGGGGAGCCAAAUAAAGAAGCAAUUGCCUCAAUUUGCUUCUGCUUUGGCAUUUUUCUUGAUUGCAACUUGCACUAUGGCAUAUUCAUCUGAUUCUUAUAAAUCACCAGUUUCAACAUACAACAAAGUACCAAGCACAGUAACCAAAAGUGACAACUAUCAUAUCCAGCCACUGUCACAAGACAAUUAUGAAGUGCCACAAGCAUCCAAGAACCACUACACAGUACCCUCAAUGCCUAAGCAGGAAUACAAGGUGCCAUCUUUGCCAAAUAAUGGCUUCUACAACAAACCAUCAGUUCCAAAAGAUAACUACAAGAAGGUGCCAUCUCUUCCGAAUGAUAACUACUACAAGACACCCUCAAUACCUAAACAGGAAUACAAUGUGCCAUCUUUUACCAAGAAUGACUACUACAAGAAACCAUCCGUUCCAAAAACUAACUAUAAGAAGGUGCCAUCUCUUCCAAAAGGUAACUACUACAAGGUACCCUCAAUGCCUAAACAGGAAUACAAGGCGCCAUCUUUGCCAAAGAAUAACUACUACAAGAAACCAUCAGUUCCAAAAUAUAACUACAAGAAGGUGCCAUCUCUUCCAAAAGAUAACUACUACAAGAUACCCUCAAUGCCUAAACAGGAAUACCAGGUGCCAUCUUUGCCAAAGAAUGACUACUACAAGAAACCAUCAAUUCCAAAAGAUAACUACAAGAAGGUGCCGUCUUUUCCAAAUGAUAACUAAUACAAGGUACCCUCAAUACCUAAACAGGAAUACAAGGCGCUGUCUUUGCCAGAGAAUGACUACUACAAAAAACCAUCAAUUCCAAAAGAUAACUACUACAAGGUACCCUCAAUGCCUAAACAGGAAUACAAGGCGCCAACUUUGCCAAAGAAUGACUACUACAAGAAACCAUCAGUUCCAAAAGAUAACGACAAGAAGGUGUCAUCUCUUCCAAAAGAUAACUACUAUAAGGUAACCUCAAUGCCUAAACAGGAAUACAAGGUAUCGUCUUUGCCAAAGAAUGACAACUACAAGAAACCAUCAUCUUCUCCUCCUCCACCUUACUACUAUAAUUCAGCCCCUCCUCCUUCACCAUCACCACCACCUCCUUACUAUUAUCAAUCAUCCUCAAUUCCUUCCUCAUCACCACCUCCUCCAUACUAUUAAGUCUUCAUCUUUCAUGUUCAACAUGUUUCCCGGAGGUCCUUCCUCAGCAUAAAGCAUAAUUCUAAGGGAUCUCAUUUUGUGAGUUAAAGGCACCAAAUCAAAAUUUGUAAUUCUUCAUUUAUUUAUUUUCUUUUCCAUUUUUUUUUUGGUUAGGGUUGCAGGUGUUAUACCAUUUAACUUGUAUGUUUGAUUGUUAGUAGAGAAUUAUUCAAUUGAAUACAAAUUCUUUUUUGUUGAAA